AUGAGCAGAAGUUUAACAAACGUAAUAUUGCUAAGUAUAUCAUUUUUAUUUGUAUAUAUAGGAACUCAAACGACGAGCAACAUUCAAAUAGUUGUCAUCGAUAGUAUAAAGAAAGACAAACCAUCUUAUAAAGAAAAUGGAUAUUACAGCCAAGCUAUAAACAACGCAUUUUAUGCUGUAUCCACUUGGGUAGUGCCAUCAAUCAUGAAUGUUUGUGGAGUAAAAGUGUCCUUGUUCUUAGGCGCUCUUGUAAAUGUUUUGUUCAUAUUACAAUUUAUGUUAGAAAAAGUUUGGAUUUUAUACCUCUUCUGUGGUUUAUCAGGCGUUGGUUCAGCUUUAUUAGGAACAUCACAAGGUGAAUAUUUAGUUUUCAAUUCCUCAGAAAAGACGAUGAAUAGAAAUACCGCCCUAUUUACAAUUAUUUCGAGUUUUAAUAUGAUAAUUGGCAAUAUAAUCGUUAUGUGUGAAUUUAAUGGAACAAACAAAAUAAAUAAGAACAGACGUAUAUUGGUUUUGGCAAUCUUAGCGGGAGUGUGUACAGUAGGGUCAUUAUUAUUUAUGUUAUUACCAAAAUAUAAAAAAGAAAAAGUAAGUAAAGAAACGUAUAGUAAAAUUGGAGCAAUGGAAUCGUUCACAAAUACAGUUAAGUUAUUUAUUACCAAAGAUAUGUUACUAUUAAGUGUAAGUUUUUUAUAUGGUGGAGUAAACGACGGAUUUUUAAAUGGAAUUUACUCGUCUGCAGUAGGUUUUACACAAAAACUUCACAAUUGUAAACAAUUGGUUGGCUUAAUAGGAAUAUUUAUAGGCAUCGGAGAAAUAUUUGGAGGUAUCAUAAUAACGAUUUUUGGCGAAAAAAUUGAGUUUUUGGGUAGGAAACUCUUAAUAGUGAUUGGGUGUUCUCUGCACAGUUUAAGUUUUAUUUUAAUUUUUAUUAAUCUUCCAGAUAAUUCUCCAUUUGCCGAUACGAAAGACGCAGCAAUUAUAGAAAGUAAUACGUUUCUUGCAAUUUUUUGCUCGUUUCUUUUAGGUCUAGGUGACUGUAUAAUUGGAAAUGUUAUCUUUAGCUUAUUGGGAACAGUGUAUUCUCAAAAUGCCGCUGAAGCUUUUUCCGUAUUACAAUUUUUUGGGGGUAUUGGAUCGGUUAUUAAUUUUAUGACUGCUGAACUAGUAGGACUUUAUUAUCAACUUGCAGCUUUAUUUUUAUUAGGGAUAUUAAGUGCCAUAUCCAUUAUAAAAGUAGAUAUUUCUUGCCAGCAAAAUUUAUUAGUAGAAAAUAAAACUAAUACAGAUUUUUCGUAUUAG